AUGGUUUGGGUUGAGAAAUCGCAAUCAGAGGAAGACCACGCAACAAGUUUAGUCUCCUCUCCAAUCAUCACCAACCAAUCUCCACCUGCUCCUAUCCCAAUUUCUUCUUCUUCCUAUCCAUCCGAUAAUAUUUCUGGUAAUGCUAAUUAUAAUCCUGUCAUCCGCCAACAACGUCAAAUCCACGUGGAUUCCUCACCUAGAGAUUCUGAAAUUUCCCGUGUCAUGGUACCUGGCGAUCAGGUGAUCUAUUCGGCCGAAGACCGCUACUACACCUCUUCCACAGCUCCGGCUGGAGCUCAUCGACCUGAUGCUUAUAAUGUUUCUCGCUACUAG